AUGAUGUUUCGACGUCUUUUUUCCACUGCAAAAACGACAAACGCCCUGGUAGCCAGCACCCACGCUCUUGCCCUGCGCUUUUGCCUUAGCAUCAACGUUCCAGCAAUCGCGGAGUCCAUCAGUUCAGGCAAAGUCGUGAACUGGUCCAAAAAAGUGGGGGAUUCUGUUGCCGAGGAUGAGAUCAUCUGUCAGAUUGAAUCCGAUAAGCUGAACGUGGACGUGCGUGCCCCUGCCGAUGGGGUUAUCACGAAAAUUAACUUCCAAAAUGGCGACGACGUGGAGGUGGGCGCGGAACUCUCAACGAUGAAGAAAGGCUCGGUUGCCCCCAAGGCCGAGGCCCCGCCACCAAAAGCGGCAGAAGUGGCUCCUCCUGCCGCGGCAAAGGCGGCAGCCCCUCCUCCAGCGGCAAAUCUCGCUCCACAAACCCCUUCCGCGCCGCGCGUGCAGACGGCGAUGGGGGAAGACCCUCGGGUACAGCGCGUUCGUCUCUCCUCCAUGCGUCAACGUAUUGCGGAUCGGCUGAAGGCGAGUCAAAACACCUGUGCGAUGCUCACGACGUUUAACGAGAUUGACAUGACCCCGAUCAUGCGGAUUCGCAACCAAUUUAAAGACGACUUUCAUAAGCGACAUAACGUGAAGCUGGGGCUGAUGUCGCCGUUUGUCAAGGCCAGUGCGAUUGCGCUGAAGGAUGUGCCGAGCGUGAACGCCUCCUUCGGGAAGGAUACGAUUGACUACCACAACUUUGUGGAUAUCUCCGUCGCGGUGGCGACGCCACGCGGACUCGUCGUACCUGUGAUACGCGACGUGCAGAAUCUCAAUCUCGCAGAUAUCGAAAAGGCCAUUGCGGACUUCGCUGAACGGGCUCGGAUCAACAAGCUCACAAUGGCGGAGAUGACGGGAGGCACCUUCACCAUUUCCAACGGCGGCGUGUUCGGCUCGUGGUUGGGCACGCCGAUCAUCAACCCGCCUCAGAGCGCCAUUCUCGGAAUGCACGCAAUUAAGAAGAAGCCCUGGGUUGUGGGGGAUAAAAUCGAAAUUCGCGAUAUAAUGGCUGUUGCCUUGACGUAUGAUCACCGUCUCAUCGACGGCUCCGAGGCGGUGACAUUUCUAAUGAAGAUUAAGAAUCUUAUUGAGGAACCUACCCGUAUGGUUUUGGAUUUAUCAUAG